AUGUCCGCACAGAAGACAAUCACAAUCGUUGGUGCAACUGGCACCCAAGGGGCUUCCGUUGCUCGCACCUUCUUACAACUUCCCAACUGGCAUGUUCGCUGCCUGACUCGCCAGCCAACCUCAGAAAAGGCCAUGAAUCUUGAGAAGAUAGGUGCCGAACUUGUCCGAGGGGACCUCGAAGAUGAAACCUCCCUUCAAAGAGCCUUUGACAAUGUCCACGCUAUUUUCCUGAACACAGACUUUUGGAUUCCGUUCCGCAAUGCUAUAUCUUUGGGGAAAGACCCAGUUACGGCUUCCCAAGAAGCCUACGAGAUCGAAGUGAUGCACGGGAAGAAUGCGGCCAAAAUCGCAGCAACCAUUCCAACCCUGGAGCGAUUUAUCUACUCAGCACUGGGCCCCAUGAGCAAAGCAUCUAACGGGAAAUACCCUUCUUCCUAUCACUGGGAGACAAAAGCCAACAUUGUCGAGUAUAUUGAAGGCCAGCAGCUGGAAUUGGCCCGAAAGACCUCCUACGUCUAUAUCGGAGCCUACAUCACCAAUGCGUUCCUCUAUCCUAGAUUCGACCCCGAAAGUGAGAAUUACGUGUCUAUUUUGCCAACAGGCAAGGAAACUCGUUUCCCAAUCAUCAAUGUUCCUCGGUCUACAGGCCCAUUUGUGAGAGCCUUGGUGGAAGAUGAAGAGCCACGCACAAGGCUGCUCGCAUAUGAUGAUUACCUCUCGGUGGGAGAGGUAGGGGCCAUAUGGACUAAGACUCUUGGGAAGGAGGUGAAGCUAAUCCAGUUGACCAUGGAAGCAAUGAGCGAGAAAACUGGAGUGCCGGUAGAAAUUCUCAUGGGUGCUGCCUAUCUGGGAGAGUAUAGCUACUGCGCGGGGGUCCCUAAUGUGAUUGAACCUGCCCAGCUGAAGACCCGCAUCGAAACACAAACAUUUGAGACCUGGCUCAAAGAAAAUGAUGCAAUGGAACUGCUUGAGUUGAACAAGUAG